AUGUCUAUCUAUCUCAAUCCUUUUCCUAUCUAUCUAUCUAUCUAUCUCAAUCCUUUUCCUAUCUAUCUAUCGCAAUCCAUUUCAUAUCUAUCUAUCUAUCUCAAUCCUUUUCAUAUCUAUCUAUCUAUCUCAAUCCUUUUCAUAUCUAUACCAAUGCUUUUCCUAUCUAUCUAUCGCAAUCCAUUUCAUAUCUAUCUAUCUAUCUCAAUCCUUUUCCUAUCUAUCUAUCUAUCUAUCGCAAUCCAUUUCAUAUCUAUCUAUCUAUCUCAAUCCUUUUCAUAUCUAUCUCAAUCCUUUUCCUAUCUAUCUAUCGCAAUCCAUUUCAUAUCUAUCUAUCGCAGUCCAUUUCAUAUCUAUUUAUCUAUCUCAAUCCUUUUCCUAUCUAUGUAUCUAUCUAUCGCAAUCCAUUUCAUAUCUAUCUAUCUAUCUAUCGCAAUCCAUUUAAUAUCUAUCUAUCUAUCGCAGUCCAUUUCAUAUCUAUCUAUCUAUCUCAAUCCUUUUCCUAUCUAUCUAUCGUAA